AUGAAAAAGCAAGGAAGAGGAUUUUCACUUGCAGCAAUGAGUCUCAGACUAUUGUGUCCAAUUCACUUCCAAGCCAUCCUUCUCUUGUUCAUUGCACUCCUGCAUGUAAAAAUUCCAACUAUUUUUGCUGGUAGUAGUACUUCCACCUUCAGUUAUUUUGGUGGGAAUGAGACGGAUCAUCAAGCUUUGUUGGCCUUCAAAAAGAAGAUAACACAUGGCCCUGAAAACAUUUUGAGCUCGCGGAAUGAUUCCCUCCAUUUCUGCGAGUGGGAAGGCAUUACGUGCGGCCACAAGCAUAGAAGAGUCAUUGUAUUAGAUAUGAGGUCCAGAGGGUCAAUCCCAAAGGAGCUUGCUUCUUUGUCAAAGCUGGAGUUUCUUCUUGUUCGCAACAACAAUCUCACAGGAGAAAUCCCAUCUUACAUUGGAAACUUUAGCUCUUUUCAAAUUUUAUCUGCAGCCCAUAAUGUCUUGGGAGGAUACAUUCCAGAUGCCUUGGGUCAAUUGAGAAGCUUAGACACACUUGGACUGAUGGGAAACGAACUCUCUGGUUUGGUCCCUCCAUCUUUAUAUAAUCUUUCGUCUAUUGUUAUUUUGUCAUUCGCCAGAAAUGAUCUUAGUGGAAGCCUUCCAGCAGACUUAUUCCUCACCCUUCCUCAUCUCCAGUGGCUUCAAAUUUAUGAAAACAAGUUUACCGGACCUCUUCCGGUCUCAUUAUCUAAUGCUUCAGAGUUAAGUAUAAUUUAG